AUGAAGUUUGAUUUAGAUAUUAGUAAAUGUAUUUAUAGUGAUGAUGCUAUUUUACCUGCUUGGAAAGUUGCUGGAAAUCUUCCUAGUGUAGAUUUACAUUCAUUCAAUAAAUAUUUAUUUCAAAUAAUGAAUCAUAUUCAAUCAAUUCCAUUUCCUGAAUCGAAACAUUCAGUCGUUAUUACACAAUCGAUUGAACCAGAAUCAACACUUGUACCAUCAUCAUUGAGUAGUCCUGAAUAA